UAUAUAUAUAUAUAUAUAUGCAUAUGUAUAUUUUUAAAUAUUUAGCAUACGAUAAUUUUAUUGAUUAUUACUGAUUUCGAUAUUUUGUGAAUUUCGCGUAUACACGAAAAUAAGCAUGAUGAAAGGAAAAAAAUUAAUAGUCGGUUAUUGUUAAGGUGUACGAUCGACCGCAUUAUCGAAAAAUAAAUAAUGCUGCGCACGCUCCUUAAAGGGAAGUUGAUUUUCAUAGUACCUGGCGGCUAACGCAAGUCAUAACAGAACACUCUGAACGGGGGUUGUUCAGUGUCGUCUUGACAGUAGUUGAGAUUGGAGUUGAAUCUGUCUUUCUUAUAUUACAUAUAUAUACAUAUAUAUACGUAUAUAUAUAUAUAUAUAUGUAUAUAUAUAUAUAUAUAUACACACACACACACACACACACACACAUAUAUUGUUGCACGUUGUCCAACAGAUAAUCUAUUGUUAUAUUUUAGACUACGUUCUACUACAAAUUCUAUUUGUGUUUUGCUUGUUAUAUUGAAAUCGCAAAUCGAUCGGAAUUAAAAAGAAGAAAAAAAGAAAAAAAAACAAGAAAGAAAGCUAUCGAGAAGGAAAAAGCAAGCAACGAGAGAAACGAUAACAUCAAAUAUCACGAAAAAUUUUCUUAAAUUUGCGCUUCUUUUUUAAAUAGAAAAAUGGCUGAUCACGAAAGAAUCAGAUUGGUGAUAUUAGGUGGUGCCGGUGUUGGGAAGAGCGCAAUUAUACGUCGUUUGCUCGGUCAAGGAUUCAGCGAAAGAUACAGACCUACGGUCGAAGAUCUCUAUACGAGGGAAUGCGUUCUCGGUACGCUUACUCUCAAAGUUGAUCUUUUGGAUACUGCGGGUGACUUACAAUUCCCAGCUAUGAGAAGAUUGAGCAUAGCUACGGCACAUGCGUUUCUUCUUGUUUACGCUACGACAUCUUUGCCUAGUUUCGAAUGCAUAAAGCGAUGUUUUGAAGAAGUGAGGGAACAACGACCGGAUUUUCAGGAAGUACCGAUAGUCGUUGCUGGAAAUAAAUUGGAUCUUGCAACAACGCGAAGAGAAGUACCGAUCGAAGAUGUAAGCGAAUGGUUAUAUUGCGAAUUGCCGAAACUUCGUGCGAAAAUAAUGGAAUGUUCGGCUAAAGAUGAUUAUAACGUUAAAGAUAUUUUCCGAUGUUUCAUCACUUUAUCCAAAAUCGUUCCAAAAAAUCAUGUUGGCGAAUCAGACGAAUCGGGACUUCGACGGAGAUGUUCCGCAUAUGGAUCGCGCAGAAGCGAUCGAGUCGGUAGAUCUGGCAGUCCACACGGUAGAACCGGAAGUGCCGGCUCUGUUGGUAAUUCUCAGCAAGUGGUCCCAGCACAAAGUACAAAUGUCGUCGCCAUCAAUGAGGAGGCGAAGAGCAAACCGCGCAGUCGUAGCUUAAUUCGACGCACCUCGCGAAAAACUAAACAACAAAUUAGAGACACUUAUACGGAUGAUUGUAAUAUCUCUUAAUUAUACACACACACACACACAUACACACAUUCUCUCUCUCUCUCUCUCUCUCUAUAUAUAUAUAUAUAUAUA